AUGCGGCUUGAGAACAACCACGAACCCAGAACGCGACACCCUACCAACGGAUCAUCCUCUCGCCACGCCUCUCCCUCCUCUUCCCCGCACGCAAAUGGCGCCGGGGGCCACCAGAACGGCACGACGGAGCGGGAUACUAAUGGCUAUCACUCCAACGGACUCCACUCCUCAUCAUCACCCACACAUCGGAAUCUCGAGCCCUUUCAUGGCCAUGAUAGAGAAGAGGUGACGCGCUUGCUGCUUCAAAGCUUGAGCGAUUUGGGAUACCACGAAGCGGCCAAACGCUUGAGCGAUGAGAGUGGAUUUGCGCUGGAGAUGGCGAGCGUCGCUGCUUUUCGCUCCGCCAUCUUGUCCGGUGAUUGGGAGGAGGCUGAGCUGUUGCUCUUCGGCCCAGCGUUGAAGGAAGUCGAUGAGGGGGGGGUCAUGCUUGGAAAUGGCCAUCACACCACCCACAGUCCGUCUUGGAGGAAGCGGGUGUUGUCAUCAGCAAGCAGUCAAAAUGGCUUCCCAAGGCAUGGCUUACCACUUGCUGAGACCGCGGAUACCACGGCUAUGAAGUUCUUGAUCAGGCAACAGAAGUAUUUGGAGCUGCUGGAGGGGAGGGAAUUGAAUGCUGCGCUGGCCGUCUUGCGAAACGAGCUCACUCCGUUGAACAGAGAUGUGGGAAGAUUACAUGCGCUUUCAAGUCUAAUGAUGUGUCCCACAAUCGCGUCCCUCCUCACACAAGCCAAUUGGGAUGGCUCGGUCGGCGGCAGCCGUACACGUUUGCUCUCCGACCUCUCCAGAUCCAUCUCUCCAUCUAUCAUGAUUCCCGAACACCGACUCGCCACCCUCCUCACAGCUGUCCAGAGCAAUCAAGUCGUCUCGUGUCGAUAUCACAACACGACCAUCCAACCUUCAUUAUACACCGACCACGAGUGUUCGGCGGACGACUUUCCGCUUCAAGAACUCAUUACCCUGAAAGCGCACUCGGACGAAGUGUGGUAUCUUGAGUUCAGCCAUGACGGCACUAUGCUUGCUACUGCGGGUAAAGACGGCCUGGUCUGUGUAUACGACACCGCAAGAUGGAAGACGAUGCACGAGUUCCGCGAGCACGAGAAGAACCCUUCUGGCUCCGGCCAUCGGGGGGUGUGCUGUGUCGCCUUCAGCCCUGACGACCGCUACCUCAUUUCGUGUUCGCAAAACAACGAAUUCGCCGUGUUGGAUGUCCGCGAGGGGCGGUGUGUCUCGCGGGCCGACCAUUUCGACUACCCCGUUACCUGCGCCGCAUGGCUACCGGAUUCUUUGACGUUUGUCAUUGGUACUCAAGGCUCGCGCCGACCGCUGGGCAUCUACUACCUGCGCUCCUCCUCAUCAUCAUCCUCCUCCACAUCCAACGGCAUCUCGGCAACAAGCAGCGCAAUAGUGAAGAACAACGAACUCCACUCCUUCCGCGACCCGGCCUGGGAUCCCAACGAAAAGAACAACAGUUUCCGCAUCUCCGACGUCGCCGUGUCGGCCGACGGAACGCGCAUGGCGGCAGCCACGACGGACAACAAGAUCCUCAUGUACGACCUGCCGAAACGGGAGAAGAUUGCAGAGUGGCAGAUGGAGGACCGGCUGACGAGCGUGAAUUUCGAUUCCUCGGGCGCGCACAUGAUUGUCAAUAUGCACAAGGGGAAGGUGCUGUUGCUAAGCGCGGAGGUGGAUGCGAGAGGCAAUGUCGCGGAGGUGGAGGUCAAGUGUCGGUAUGAGGGCGUGGUGCAGGAUGAGUUUGUCAUUCGGUCUUGUUUUGGUGGUGCGGGGGAGGAUCUCGUCGUUAGUGGCAGUGAAGACGCCAACGUCUUCAUCUGGCGCCGACAGACGGGCAUUCCCGUUGCAUCCUUCGAAGCUCACCCCCACGGCACCGUCAACGCCGUCGCCUGGCAUCCCACCAACGACGCCAUGUUCGCCACCGCCGGCGACGACCGCAAAGUCAAGAUGUGA